ACAUCAGAAGCUUGGUACAGUUGGAAUGUCGAAAGCGACUAAACGUAAACAUGUCCAGAAGGAAAUGCUCAAUUCAGAUUGGCUGGGGCCUACGGGUGAUCAGCGUUUGGUGCGGAUAGUUGCGGGACGUGGAAACAAUCUUCAUGAAGUUUGUUCUGUAGAUGAUAAUGAAACAUUUUUAGUGUCGAUGCCAGCAAAAUUUAGGCGUAAUGUUUGGGUCAAGCGAGAUGAUUAUGUUGUGAUUGAGCCAAUCCUCGAAGGAGAUAAAGUACGAGGUGAAAUAGUACGUGUAUUGACAAGAGAAGAUGUCAAAAUGUUGAAACAAAAAGGUUGGGGUAAAAAAGAUUACGAUGAUGAAAUUGCACCCAACACUAAUCGACCUAUUGUCACUACAAUCAGCGACUUGAGUGGUACAGACACUGACACUGAUCAUGAUGACCCGUCUGAAGACACCGAUUACUCUUCAUAAAAAGGCCAGAUCUACUUCCCUUCUGUGGCACCAUGUGCUAACAAAGACUAUAUUCUGUUAAUAUUUUGUGAUUUAUGUAUUAAGUUAAAUAUAUGGAAAGUAACAAGUCUAAGUACCUAUUUAUUUUUAAGAAUAAUAUCUAAUAAAUAUAUUGUGUAAUAAAAUGUUCAAAAUAAUUGUACUAAUCUA